GCUAGGACCCUGCAGACCUGCAGGAGGACGGAGGUGCACAUAGCAGUAUGCUAGCAGGAGCUAGUGUUGUCACAAGGAUUCAUGAACUACAUUUACCACAUACAUUUAAAUAUUACAAUUGAGACCUAGCCAUGUCUCAGGUGGAGAAGAGGGCAGGGCUGCUGAGGAGGACAUCCUCCUCUAAAAAGCCCUUAAAAGAGAAGGUGGUGUUGAUGUAUGAUGAGAUUUUUGCAAAAGAGGACCCAGCCAAAAACAAUCCUCGCUUCUGGGACGAGCUGUUUCUAAUGAAGGUGAACCUGGAGUACUUGGAGUCCAAACUGGAGAGUGUUGAUGGAGAGGAGGUUCAGCGCAUCCAGGACAACAUCAACUCUCUGUUUCACCACUGUGUUCAAGCUCUGGGAGAAGAACACCAGAUCAAAGUGGUCAAUGCACUGCAGACUCUCUGUGCACUUUUCCGAGGCGUCCACCAGAAGAACAAGUCAGCAUCUGGCUUUGACAUCAUCAACAUGCUGAUGGGGUUUGACAAGGCUGAGCAAAGGAUGAAGGACCUCAUGGAGAGGCUGGACAGCCUUCUCUGUGGAGAUGGAUCAGAAAGUCUCAAGAGCCUUUGUCUUAAACUGCUGCUGUGUCUGGUCACGGUAACAGACAAUAUCAGCCAGAACACCAUCCUGGAAUAUGUGAUGAUUAACAGCAUCUUUGAAGCCAUUCUACAGAUUCUGUCAGAUGUAUCCAGUAGAGGGCAGCAUGGUUAUGAUGCUGUGGUCCUCCUGGCCCUCUUGGUCAACUACAGGAAAUAUGAGUCUGUGAAUCCAUACAUUGUGAAGCUCUCGAUUGUGGACGAUGAGCCAACCUUGGAUGGAAUGGGUAUGGUCGUUCACCAAGCUCUGACAGAAUACAACAGACAGUACAAAGACAAAGAGGAAGAGAACCAGGGUGGCUUCUUCUCUACCCUCACUAGUAUGGUGGGCAGCAUGUUUAUUGCAGAUGCUGAUGAGAAACUCUCUGUACAGACCAAUGAAGCAAUUCUGUUGGCCCUGUACGAGGCCGUCCACCUCAAUCGUAACUUCAUCACUGUAUUAGCGCAGAGCCACCCUGAGAUUGACAUAGCGACUACACCCACCCCCUACCCGACCACACCCACAACACCACUUGGCACCACGCCGCCCUCCCUAGACAUGAUGAAUAACCCAGAACUGCCUCUGGAUCCCAACCUCCAGACAAGCAACCUUCUCAUCACCUUCCUCAAGUACGCCUCCAUUGUAAUGCAAGAUACGAAAGAUGAGCAUCGACUCAACAGCGCCAGAUUGUGCCUAAUCAUCCUCACCUGCAUAGCUGAGGACCAGUACGCUGAUGCCUUCCUUCAUGACGACAACAUGAACUUCAGAGUCAAUCUCCACAGAAUGCCCAUGAGGCACAGGAAAAAAGCAGUGGAUAAGAACAUUCCAUCACGGCCGCUGGUGUGUGCUGUUCUAGAUCUGAUGGUGGAGUUUAUUGUCACCCAUAUGAUGAAGGACUUCCCCAUGGAUUUAUACUUGCGCUGCGUACAGAUCAUCCACAAACUCCUCUGCUAUCAGAAGAAGUGCAGAAUCCGGUUACACUACACAUGGAGAGAGCUGUGGUCAGCCCUCAUCAACCUGCUGAAAUUCCUGCUGUCAAAUGAGACCACGCUGCUGGCCAAGCACAACAUCUUUCAUCUGGCCUUACUGGUGGUGAACCUGUUCAACAUGUUUAUAACCUAUGGCGACACGUUCCUGCCCACAUCCAACAGCUACGAUGAACUGUACUAUGAAAUCGUACGAAUGCACCAGGUCUUUGACAACCUCUACUGUAUGGUUCUGAGAGUUUCAACCAACACUGGCCAGUGGAAGGAGGCAGCAAGCAAAGUCACGCACGCCCUCGUUAAUGUUCGGGCCAUCAUCAACCAUUUUAACCCCAAGAUCGAGUCAUACGCUGCCGUGAACCACAUUUCCCAGCUGUCAGAAGAACAGGUGUUGGAGGUGGUACGGUCCAACUACGACACACUGACCCUGAAGCUGCAGGAUGGUCUGGACCAGUUUGAGAGAUACUCAGAGCAGCCCAAAGAGGCCGCCUUCUUCAAGGAGCUGGUUCGCUCCAUCAGUCUGAAUGUGAGGAAGAAUGUCUCUCUGAAUACGCUGAGUCAGGAUGUCCUGCUGAAGGAGUUCUCCACCAUCUCCUGAGACAAACACACCCCCAGCUCUGUUUUCCCCUUCUAACGGACGUAUACACAGUGCAGUUUUUGUGCGUGUGGACGUGUACACAAACUUUCACACACAUUCUACAAAAAACAAAACAAAAAAACCCCUAAACAUUAUGAGACUCGAUUGUUCUUUUCCACGAUUGAUCUUAAUGCAUCGUCGUCUUCUGUGGCGGGACCUUUGGCCUGGACGCACCUUAAGAAGAAAGACCCGAAAACCCUGCACACGUUGUGGUCUUUCAUGUGUGUGAGUGUGUGUGAUUAUAUAAGGAUGUGCCCAUAUUGCACUGGUCCCUUGUGUGCAAUCUGCAGUAUUGGCUGGACUGUUAACUGACGCAUCAAAGUUUAGAUUUAAGAAGUUCUAGUAUUUUUAACCCAGAUCUUCUCUUUUUUUUUCCCUCUGACUGUUGUAAUUAGCCUCCUCUAUCAAACUGAUCACAGUGCAAGGUUUCUGUUUACAGUCAUUAUUGAGCCAUUCUGAGUUUGGUGAAUUCUGGACUUCUUGGCGCUACAACACAACUUUCUUUGGAUGCUUGUGUAAAUGUUAACUCUCUAAGUGUUCAAAACGAAGUAUUUUUAUUCACGUUUGCCGAGGGGUAGAACUUUUGACCAGUAAUUAAGUUGAACUCGCUCUGAAGUGAUGGAACAUUUUUAAUUGUUGUUUGCAAACCUUUGUUUUUGAACAAAGCCAUCAUUAACAAAUCACUACUGUACAUCACACAAGCUAUUUUCUCCAUUAAAAAUGAUUCUGAAUGUACUGACGUGAGCGUUUAGUUUAGAAGGAAGUGUUGAGACAGAGGUUAAACAUAAUGACGUGAUUGUUGCUGGUGUGUUUUGAGUUCUGCACAUGCAGCUUUUUUAACCUCUAUGUACUCCCUCUGAAAUUACAGUGAUCUUUUUUCUUUUUUUUUUGUUUGGACUGGAAGAAAACUGAUUUAUGCAAUUUCUUCAAGUGUAGUGUCUUUUUUUCUCUUCUCAUUGCUAACUCCUGUAGGUAUAUUUAUGUUCCUUUUUUAAAUAAAGGUUGGUUUCCUAU